CACCUCAGUUUUAUUUGAAUGUUUCUUUAGCAACAGAGAUUAAUAACGUUUACCUGAUUUGCGUUAUACGGAUGUACCAAUAGCUACAGGAUAUAUUAUUCAUAUUAUCUUUUGUGAGCUAAGAUAUGCCAGUUGGACAUGCGGACAGUGUUGAUGGAACAACAACAACAAAAGUUAAAGAUAAGAAAACAAAACGAUCGGAUAAGAAGUAUUACGAUGUAAAGAAAACUGUAGCUGAAUGCUUGCUAGACUUGGCCAUCCUGAUAGUUAACAUAUUCAUGUUGAAAGCCGUUGUCGAUACCGGACCUAAAAAUGAAUAUUUCGAAACACUAGUUGUUCUUAUUUCAGUUUCAGUUUUCUGUCAGAUUUGUGUUGGAUUGCUUCUGUUAUUCAUUGGAAUUGGAGAAAGCAGAGAUAGCGGUAAUAAAGUAUGGCUACAUCGAUUCAAUACUGUCAAUGUUGCGUUUAUUUUGCUGAUUGCCAUUUUGAAUAUUGUCAUCGGUACCAUAGGAAUUGAGCUGAAUUCUGGUAAUGAUUCGAAAUACAACAGGACUUCAGGCAAUUAAUAUUAUAAAGUGAAAUACCUGUUUGAACUUCAAAAACAAUUUUUGCUGUAUUUUAUCAUAUGUAAAAGUGAUAUAAACUAUAUAAAACCUGUUGGUGACCUUCUGCUGUUGUCUUUUCUAUGGUCGGGUUGUUGCCUCUUUGAUACAUUCCCCAUUUCCAUUCUCAAUUUUAUGAAUAAACUUUUUAAAUAAACCAAUGUUUCAGUUUAA